CUGCCGUAAAGUAAAGUGGAAUGUUGCGUUGAACAGGACGCGGAGCUCCGCAGUAGGAGAUGCGAGCUGUGAUCCCAUUGGCCGCCGUGGCCUUCCCUAUGGGCGUGCUCUUCUCCAGAACCAUGGCGUGGAUGUCCAGCGGGAAAACCCACCUCGAACUGGUCAGCCGUCUGAGGGACCAUGGUGUGAUCAAGUCCGACAGAGUGUUUGAUGCCAUGCUGGCCACUGACCGAGGAAUCUACUCCAAGGACUCUCCUUACGCUGAUUCCCCACAGUCUAUCGGUUAUCAUGCUACCAUAAGUGCCCCUCAUAUGCAUGCACAUGCCCUGGAAGUUCUGAGUGACAAGCUAACGGAGGGGGCCUCUGCCUUGGAUGUGGGCUCAGGGAGUGGCUACCUUACUGCUUGUUUUGCCAGAAUGGUAGGCCCCACUGGAAAAGUGGUAGGUAUUGAGCACAUACCUGAACUGGUGGAAGACUCUCUGAGAAAUGUGCGCGCUGAUGAUCCAGAGUUGCUUACUUCAGGGCGAGUCAAGCUCCUUAUAGGUGAUGGGCGGCUUGGCUACCCAGAUGGUGCCCCCUAUGAUGCUAUCCACGUUGGAGCAGCGGCAUCUAUGCUCCCAAAAGCACUCCUUGCCCAGCUCAAGCCUGGUGGGAGGUUGGUGCUGCCAGUGGGUCCGGAGGGGGGAAGUCAGGUUUUGGAGCAGUAUGACCGACAGAAUGACGGCACUUUCUCCAGAAAGGCCCUCAUGGGAGUGGUCUAUGUCCCCCUCACAGACAAGCAACAUCAGUGGCCAAGAGGUGAGCUCUGACUGCAGUGUCAUUACCCCUGUAGGAGAUGGCAUCUGUGCUGCAGCUCCUGAGUCCCACGGGCUCAAGAGGGAACAUGUCACCCUGUCUCUGUCUUCUGCCUAGCAACGCAUCUGAGAGCGCCGGCCGAGCGCAGCACUGUGUCAACCUCUUGUCCAGAAGUCAGCAUACGGACAAUAAGGCUGUCUUACUAUUAAAGAUUGGGAAAUAUAAACAUCAUUUAUUUUUCUAUUCCUUGGCAACAUCCCCCACACAAACAGAAAGGACUGUAAUUUCAUGAGUAUAUCCUUAUGAUGUUCUCACAGGAUUUUCACCCAAAGUCACAUUGUGGAAUGAUUACAAUGAGUGUAUUGUAAAUAAUAUGAAGCAUAUGUUGAAAAUGAAUUAUUUCACAUGCUAUGCAACUCAUGCCCCAUACAUUUCAAACACAUUAUCAUGAAAGUGAAAUAUUUAUUUUUGAGGAUAACUUACACAGAAGAGGGAAUACUAUUUGUGGAGUAAAACUUGAUUUGUCAAAGAUCUUAAAAUGCUUGUUUUUCUGAAAUGAUCUGAGUUCUUUAAUACUGUCAACUAUUGCUAACUCAGCAUAUACAAGCUAAUUAAAUGUUCCUAAAUUAUAUUUCACUGGC